AAGAACGUAAGGAAAGAGAGAUGGAGGGAGAGAGAGAGGGAAAGAAAUAAUCAAUCCGAAGAAAAAGAAUGAAGAAGCCGAAUCUGAUCAUCGUUUGAGCUUCUGAAUUAGCAAAUCAAAAAAAGAUUCCCCAAGUCGUUUAUUAUUGGGUUCUUGGACUGAAAUAUAGUAAGGUGGAUAUAAGGUGGAUAUAAAGGGUUUCUCUUUUAUAACAGGAAUCGGUAGGAACUGGCUGGCUACACGUUUAAGCAAGUCCCAGUAGUAACAUCGACAGCGGUGGGUCAGUACAUAAAUCAGUGGUGCGCGAGAUAGAGACAGAGAGUGAGAGAAAGAGAGAAAGUGGGGGGAGCCAAAGAAAUAGAGUGAGAGAGAGGGAAGCUCGACGCCCCAGGCGAGGCACAGUCGCGCGUAAGACCUCACUCGACGAGAGGGUUUCGAUCGCUGUAAUCGUUUCUCUCGUCGUUUCUUUACCUAUUAGGACUGUUCGGUACACUUUACAAAGGAAAGAUACACACAUACAUACAUAUAUAUAUAUAUAUAUAUAUAUUAUAUAUAAAAAGAGAAAGAGAGUAAUGGCGUUUUUGAGAACGGUGCCGCGAUGUUGCGCCGGUAAAAAGAUUUUUAAAUGCGUGCCACUCCCCGUGGUUGGAUUACGGGAUCAAAACGUCUCCGCUGCAUUGGUGCGAUUGAUCGAACGUGGAUAUGUCAGUACCGGUAGAGUGACCGGCAGCGUGCAGCAACCGGCGUCAGAUCAACCGAGACAGAUAGAUCCGCUCGAUUUGAAGUUUAACGACCCAGUUGCUGCUUUCAAGAGCAAAACCACCAUGGAGCUCGUAAGAGCGUAUAUCGUGUAUCAAAUAUGUUCGAUUGAAUAUCUUGUCGAAAACAACAUGAAGUUUAUGAAACUGGCGGAGAAAUUGCUCGGAGAAAAGCUCUUUACGAAAAUGAUGAAGGCAACGUUUUAUGGACACUUUGUAGCCGGUGAGGAUGAAGUACAAAUCACUCCAGUUCUCGACAGGUUGCGGCAAUUUGGGGUCAAGCCGAUUCUGGAUUAUUCCGUAGAGGAAGAUAUAUCACAGGAAGAAGCCGAGCGCCGAGAAAUACAGGCCUCUGUGUCGGAAGCAGGUGACGAGAAGACAGAGGGACCGUUGAAAAAGUAUCACGUCGAAAAAUCGUUUGCCGAUCGUCGUUAUAAAGUAUCUUCAGCUAGGACGUACUUUUACUUGAACGAAGCUUCCUGCGAACGGAAUAUGGAUAUUUUCAUUAGAUGUCUCGAAGCUGUUGCCGGUACUUCUAUGGGCGCCGGAAUCACGGCUGUUAAAUUGACAGCGCUCGGUCGUCCACAGCUUUUGCUUCAACUAUCUGAGGUAAUCAUGCGAGCGCGACAGUAUAUGUCGGACGUCGUGGGUGGUGAGGGUGCUGUUUUGGCUCACCACGCAAAACCCGAUGAUUUUAAGAAAAAGUUCGAAGAGGCUCAUGUGAUGGAUGCGGCACCGGUACAAAAGUUCCUUGAAAAGAUUCAAUCGGAUAAAGAAGGUGUGAUUCACUUAUUUCCUUGGAGCGGAAUUCUGGACGAGAACUACGAGUUGAGCGAAACAUUUCAAGUUCCCGACAUAAAGACUGGAAAGAUGGUGAGACUUAUGUCACAACUGACGUCGAAGGAAGAGGAGAUGUUUAGGAAUAUGAUCAGACGACUAAACAAUCUUGUUACGGUCGCAGACAAGUUAAAUGUACGUAUUAUGAUAGACGCGGAGCAAACGUAUUUCCAGCCGGCAAUCUCAAGACUAACGUUGGAAAUGAUGCGCAAGUACAAUACAGAUAAGGCCGUGGUGUUCAAUACGUACCAGACAUAUCUGCAGGAAGCUUAUAACGAGGUAAAAACGGAUCUAGAACAGGCAGAACGUCAAAACUUUUAUUUUGGCGCGAAAAUCGUACGAGGUGCUUAUAUUGAGCAGGAAAGAGCAAGAGCCGCUGCUAUGGGUUAUCCGGACCCAACGAAUCCUUCGUACGAAGCUACUACUGAAUCUUAUCACAAAACACUGAUGGAGUGUUUGAGGCGGAUGAAGCAGUAUAAAGAUAAGGGCGAAGACCCUAAGAAAAUAGGUAUUAUGGUUGCCUCACAUAACGAAGACACCGUACGUUUUGCUAUAGAGAAAAUGAAGGAAAUCGGAAUCUCCCCAGAAGAUAAAGUUAUUUGCUUUGGUCAAUUAUUAGGAAUGUGUGAUUAUAUAACGUUUCCGUUAGGUCAAUCUGGUUAUUCGGCAUUUAAAUAUAUUCCUUAUGGACCAGUGAAGGAGGUAUUACCGUAUCUUUCUCGACGUGCACAAGAAAAUAGAGGUAUAAUGAAGAAGAUUAAGAAGGAGAAACAAUUGCUGUUGAGUGAAAUAACGAGACGCUUGGUGAAAGGACAAAUAUUCUACAAACCUAAAGGCAAUUAUACUCCGGUCUGAGUAUUUCGUCCUAAUUAGUACAGAGAUAUACUCUAUCAAAUUCAAGUAGUGAUUGUAAAUUAUUGAAUCUCCAAGACCUUUAAUGGCACUUCGAAUCGAGAUAAUUGAAAUAACCUGGUAAAACUUGUGGUAUUUAAGAGCGAUGCGCGAGUGUGUGUGCGUGUGUGUAUGUAGCCAGAAAAGCAGGUAGUGUUUUCCUUACGUAAAAUUGCUUAUGUGUGCCCUCAAUAAACGCAAAUUGCUCGAUAUUGCACUAUUUGGCAUAAAGUUAUGUGCGUUAUUAUAGUUUUACCCGCAUUGCAAAAAGCUAUCAGCUUUGGUUAUUGCUAUGGUUAUUGCUAACGCGAUCGAACACCCAUCGAAUGUCCAUCUUCAAGUAUCGCAGCUCCAUUAUCUGCUGUUAUGUUCAAGAUAUCGAAAUUAUAUUUUUCUUUUUUGAAAUAUCAGUUGUUAAUUUAUACUAAAUGAAAUAUUAUAACACUGUCUUGAACAAUGAUGAAAUCGUAGAAAGAAAGCGAUUGAAGUGCCCUCUAGCAAAGAGACCCUGCACCGAAAUUAUAUCAUGUUUUAAUUUUUUUUAUAUUUUUGAGAAUCCUAGUAUUUUAUCUAAUAAUAUAUAUAUAUAUAUAUAUAUAUAUAUAUAUAUACAUAUAUAUAUAUAUAUAAAUAUAUAUAUAUAUAUAUAUAUAUAUAUAUAUAUAUAAUACUUAUAUUUAAUUUAUAGUUUUAUGCAUAUAUAUAAUAUACGCACAGAAUGUAUUGCUCGUUUAAAGUUCGUGUUAUACUAUCUGUGUCAUGUAUUAUUUUGUGUGUGUGUGUGUGUGUGUGUGUGCGCGCGCGCACGUGCGCGCGUAGGUGUGUAUAUAUAUAUAUAUAUAUAAAAUAUAAAUGAAUAUAAAUACUAUAUAUAUAUACAUAUAUGUAUUUAUUUUUGUCGGUAUUCCGUUAAAGUAUUACGUAAAGUUAGCUUAUAUGUAUUAAAUUUUUUUUUUUAGAAAUUAUAACGGCGUUUUAUCUGAAUUUAAUAAAUUAAUGCAAUUAAGUGUACAUAGUACGGAUGAUGGUAGCUGUGUUAAUCCUGCGGGUCAGACGCGAAUAGUCAUGUUCCAUGCUUGCGCGUAAUUACCAAAAGAUAACUUCAUUUUCAUGCAAUAUUAUCAAAGUGACAAUGUGAAUAAGGAAUUUAUUACUACAUAUUCAGAGAUUCCGUUCUACGAAUUGAAAGAUCCGAAUGAAAGAUAUUGCGGUUGACAUAUUAUGGUAGUAUUCCGCGUAAAAAUUAUAAUGUACAUAAGGGUGGGAUAGGAAAGAGAGGAGGGUGGAGUUUAACGACACGAAAAUUAGAAGAGUAGAAAAAGUGGCUCUAAGUUUGGAUGGUCGUACGUACGUUAAUAUUUACAUUUCGUCAGUCAGUAAAAUGCGAUGCGUACGAGACGAGAUUUUGCACAAAAGAAAAAAUAUUACACGACAAAGGCACGUAAGAUAUUUUCCUUUUUACCGAUGAGAGUCACUUUUUCUUUUACGUACAUUAAUUACACGCGUUGAGAUAUAAUAUUAUAAAGUAUAUCGUUUGACCGAAACAAGCGAGAUCGAAAGUUUCGAGAAAGAUAGACUGCCUUCUUGUAAUUUCACAUUUAUAGAGCAUAAAUCAUCUACCGUUUUUUGCCUCGUUUGAUUUUGGUCUAAAGUCUACGUUAUCAUCGGUACGUAAAAAAAGAAGAAAUGCAAGAGUACGGUUUAAUAACAUGUAACGUGCAUAUAUGUGUAGAAAUGCCUCUAUGUCUCGAGAGAGAAAUAAAAGUAAACAAUUAAAGAUUUUAAAAUGCAAGAAGUGAGAUCAUACGACAUAUCUGCUCUUGUUUUCAAGAAUCGUCUUUUGCGAUGAGAAAAAGUUUUCUUCACGAUUUGCGUUUAACUUUUCAGUAUUGUGAAUCUUAUGUUGCAUUAAAGUAUAUUAAUACUGAAAAUCCUACGCAGGUUGUUAUUAGUAAUUCAACACUAUUGUACGAUUGUCGACAUUGCAAGAUAUCGAACUACGACUCUGAUUUUUUACAGUAUUUUCUUCUUUGUAAUAAGAACACGUGAUAAAAUAGAGAGUUACUUAUGAUAGACUUUCUUUAAACUUUCUUUCUAAUAUUCUUAUCCUUCUUUCUUUUUUCUUUUUUAAUAUAAUUAUCAUAAAUUCGAUUUUCUUCUUAUUGUUCGUAUUAUUUGCUUCUUUUGGAACGACGCAAGUAUACUUCCUUAUGAUCUCUGUUGUGUACAUUGACUUUGAUAUUGAGAUAUAUAUGUUAGUAGACCACAUCUAUAACGAUGAUGUCGAUGAUGACGAUAACAGUCUGAUAAAGUAUAUUAUCUGAAAGAUAUAUUUGUUUCCCUAAAACGUAUAUAUGCGUGAUUUUUUCUUAUAGAGGUCAAUAAAAGGAAUCUAUUACGAAGAUUAUGUUAAUCACACAGAAUUUUUGAAAGAAAAAAGAAACUUGAUCGAUGAAAUAAAUAAAUAAAUAAAGAGGCAUAGUUAUACUGAUUAUAGCGAAGUGUCUCCAUGGCGUUUAGCGGUAUGAUGAAUGUGAGUGAACUAGAUAUAUAUAUAUAUACAUAUAUAUAAUUCUAUUUGUUAUAUUUAUUAUUCGCCUAGUACGUCAAUACGUAAAAAAAAACUCUUAACUCACGUCUCAUAUGUGUGAUGGUGACAAUAAUUUAGAUAAAGAUAAUGUUAUUGACGUGUAGCGUAUGAGUCUUAUAUAUUGUAUUAUUUGUCACUAUGGUUGAUUGGCAUGGAUGAUGGAAAACAAUAGAAAUGAAUUAGUGAGAAGCCUUGAGAACGAGCAAACAAAAGAUUUCUACAUUUUGUGUAAUUACGAUUGCGACAAUUUGCAAUUCUACUAUCGAAACAAGUGCGACACUUUCUUUCGCUCGCUUACUGCCAACGAUCGGGUUAUUAUUAUAAUCGCAAUUUUACAUAGUAAAAACGAUUUACAUUAUACAUACCUAUAGUUAACUUCGUAUACAUGUUUGGAAAUUAAUUAACACGGAAGUUGAGUUAGAAGUGUCGCUUAUAGAAUAUAUAUAUAUAUAUAUAUAUAUAUAUAUAUAUAUAUAUAUAUAUAUAUAUAUAUAUAUAUAUGAAAGAAAAGAUCUAGAAAUAAACGCAUUUAUUGUUUGCUUUUUCUCAACCAAAAAAAGGAGAAUUUGGUUUAGAGAAAUAUUUAGUAUUUAUCCUUUCUCGAAGUUGGUAAAUGCGCGACAAAAACCAAUGAAAGUUAAAUUAAAACGUCGUUCGAUAUAAAAUAAGAAUAAUAUUUAUUAUUUCAUGAAAUACAAUAAUUAUACAUGCCUU